UCUUCAACCUUGUCUCACAAAAAGUAGAAAAAUAUCAAGUACUAUUUGAGAGAGAUAAAAGAGAACUAGAAAAAGAAAGGGAAAAGGGAGGGAAGAGAAGCAAUGGUGGAUUGGAUAGGCGAAGAUUGAGGAGGAAGCAGUAUAUAUGGGUGGUGUAGGAACAUUCACGGAUGGCAUUCGUCGAUUCUUCAAUCGUCGUACUACUUCUAUUAACUCUAACGUAGUUGUUGAUCAUAACGAUGAUGAUGUCGGAACCAAUGCCAACAGCGUUCACAUUGCCAACAACAACAUCGACCCUUCUUCCUUGAAUCCUCUCAAAGUGCCUGCUCAAUCCAAUUUCGUACCUUCUUCCAUGGAUCGUCCCAAAAAGGGUGCUCCAGAGGCAGAGUUUUUUACUGAGUAUGGAGAAGCAAGUCGGUACCAGGUUCAUGAAGUGGUUGGAAAAGGAAGUUAUGGUGUUGUGGUUUCUGCCGUCGACACUCGUACUGGGGAAAAGGUUGCGAUUAAGAAAAUCCAUGAUGUUUUUGAGCAUGUAUCAGAUGCCACUCGGAUCCUUAGAGAAGUUAAGCUUCUUCGUUUGCUCAAACAUCCUGAUAUAGUAGAAAUUAAGCAUAUAAUGCUUCCGCCUUCACGAAGAGAGUUCAAGGAUGUUUAUGUCGUGUUUGAGUUGAUGGAGUCUGACCUUCAUCAAGUUAUUAAGGCAAAUGAUGAUCUUACUCCUGAGCACUACCAAUUUUUCUUGUACCAACUUCUUCGGGGCUUGAAAUAUAUACAUACAGCAAAUGUGUUUCAUCGGGACUUGAAGCCAAAAAAUAUUCUAGCUAAUGCUGAUUGCAAGCUAAAAAUAUGUGAUUUUGGGCUUGCUCGAGUCUCAUUUAAUGAUGCUCCAUCAGCAAUAUUCUGGACUGACUAUGUUGCAACUAGGUGGUACCGUGCACCUGAACUAUGUGGUUCUUUUUUCUCAAAAUAUACUCCCGCAAUUGAUACUUGGAGCAUUGGAUGCAUAUUUGCAGAAAUGCUUAGUGGCAAGCCAUUGUUUCCUGGGAAAAAUGUGGUGCACCAAUUGGAUCUCAUUACUGAUUUGCUUGGUACUCCCCCUCCUGAAUCCAUUUUGAGGAUUCGAAAUGAGAAGGCUAGAAGGUACCUUAGCAGCAUGCGAAAAAAGCAACCACUUCCAUUCACCAAAAAAUUUCCACAUGCAGAUCCGUUGGCCCUUCAUUUGCUGGAGAGAUUAAUUGCAUUUGAUCCUAAAGAUCGUCCAACAGCUGAAGAGGCACUAUCCGAUCCUUACUUCCAUGGUUUAGCAAAUGUGGACCGUGAACCGUCUACUCAACCCAUUUCGAAACUUGAGUUUGAUUUUGAGAGAAGAAAAUGUACGAAAGAUGAUAUUAGAGAGUUGAUUUAUCGAGAGAUUUUAGAGUAUCAUCCCCAAAUGCUCCAAGAGUAUCUUCAGGGUGGAGAUCAAACAAGCUUCAUGUAUCCGAGUGGGGUUGAUCGGUUCAAGCGACAGUUUGCACAUCUUGAGGAGCAUUAUGGCAAAGGUGAGCGAGGCUCUCCAAUGCUGAGACAGCAUGCCUCGUUACCUAGAGAGCGUGUUCCUGCUCCCAAGGAUGACAAUAAUCAAAAUGAUGAUUUGGAAAAGCCAACUGGGUCAAAUCUUCCGAGUCCUCCAGUGUCUGAUGUGACGGAUUCUAGUAACACAGAUGCGCAAAAAGGACCCUCCACGCAAGGCUUCAGCAUACGUAGCUUGUUGAAGAGUGCCAGCAUUAGCGGUUCAAAAUGUAUAAAUGUGAAACAAAAUAAAGAUCCAGAGGAGGAGCCAAUUCCAGAGGUCAAUGAUGAGACAGUGGAUGAGUUGACACAGAAGGUUGCUAAUGCUGCUCUCCAUUCUUAGUUAGUUCAAGCUUUGAUUCAUAAUUUUGAUUAGGAUUUAGAAGACUUAAUUCAAUCCUAUGCCCCUUUCAAUUCCUCAAAGACAAAAUGGGUUGCUACUUAGAAACCCUACCACUUUUGUGGAGAAGCUAACUGUAGGAUUCCGAUGUUAUGGACUACCCCAUUUUGUGUUACCACAGCACGUCAUGUAAGUAUAUAUAAUUUGUGUAAUAUUGCUCAUUAUUGCAUCAAGAUGUAUAUUAGUUACUACCUCCGUUCCUUAUUAA